AUGCAAAGCGACUCUCCUCUUAAUCAUCCCGUGGUACACUUUCUACUGUGUGUAUCCUAUCUUUUCGUUUUUCUUGCUACUAUUAUCGGAAACCUCAUAAUCCUCUUUGUGUUCGUGUCGAAGAAAAAGGUUCGGAGUGUUCCAAACUUCUUCCUUGCCAAUCUCACGGUUGCCGAUCUCUUCGUCGGAAUCUUCUGUGUGCUUCAGAAUGCCGUGAAUUUCGUCUUGCAAGGACAUGGGCGCUGGCCAUUUGGCAAAGCGCUCUGCUAUUCUUACAUCUACGUACUACACUUUAUACCCAAUGUAUCUGCUGGAAUUCUGGUGCUGGUAUCUGUUGAAAGAUUGAUCGCUGUUCUUCGCCCAUUGCGAGUCCGCAGAGCGUUCAAUUCCAAAGUACUGAUUACUUCUUCAGCUAUCGUUUGGAUUACCAGCGCUGUUAUGAAUACCCCUUACAUCUAUGCCAGUCAAUACUUGGAAAUUUCCGACGGAAAUGAGACAUAUACAAUUUGCACCAGACGCCAUGUUGAAAUUUACGGCUUGAAUUUGCUUAAACUGGUGGCCACUAUCAAUUUCAUUGUCUGGUACGCCGUCCCUCUGGUCAUACUUCUGUGUAUCUAUGCCACAAUUGGUUUGGUCGUCAGCAAAGCCGCAUCUAUCACUAAACAGUCUGCAAAUAAGCUACUUCCAAGAUCCAGCUGGCGUUCAGAAGCUUCUACUGGUGGUGUAUCAGUGGAGAAGCGCCGAAAGGUUGGUCGUUUGGCCGUCGGAAUAGUGGUGGCAUUUGCAUUCUUCUCUCUUCCACGAUAUGUAUAUUUUAUGUGGACCGUUUGGAGGGAUCCUAUGGCGCCAAGAUGUUUGAACUGCUUACAAAGUGUUCUGCAGCCCAUUAGUUUCCUUCUCCUGUUUUUCAACGCCGCCGUAGACCCGUUCCUUUACGCAUUCCUUUCAACUCGCUUCCGACAAAGCAUCAAAGAGACAUUCCACAUGGGAAAGGUACGUGAAAGCCACGUUGAGUUCUCAUCACGGAUAAGAAGGAAAGUCGUAAACUCAGAAUUGGAAACGGGCUACUCUUAA